GUGGCACUCCCUGUCCCGCUCCCCUGCCCUGUGACCCCGCUGUCGCUGUCGCAGCCAUGGCCCCGCUGCGGCCGCCGCUGCUGCUGCUGGCGUGCGCCGUGCUGGCGCUGCUGCCGCUGCGGCCCCGCGCGGCCCCGGCGCAGCCCGCGUACCCCGGCGACGACGCGCCCGUCGAGGAGCUGCUGCGCUUCUACAACGACCUGCAGCAGUACCUGAACGUCGUCACGCGCCCGCGGUACGGGAAGCGGGCAGGCGGGCGAGCGCUGGGCCAGGAGCCCCUGGGUGCCCCGGGCUGCUGAGCCCCAGGGACACCACUGGUGCUGAGUGGGUGAAGAAGCCCAGAAGGAGCAGCCCCCCCACCCCCGGCCCCCCCAGAGUCAGCACCGACCCCCAGCAAUAAAAC